AGUUGUCGGAGCCCGGGAGCACCAACCUCCCCUCAGCCUGGUGUGCCCCCAACUCCUCCCUCUCACGCAAGAUCGAGGCUGCCUUCAGCUACCGCUUACAGGACGCUUACAACAGGGCUAUGACGGAGCGCUUCCCGGACACACGACCAGGAGAUGUACACCGCCUCAGCGCCGACGCAGGAGUGAUGCUCCGUACACAACAACAACAACAGUCCCCGCAGAGUAGCAGCAGCAGUAACAGCACCAGAGACUUGACCCCCUACACGCAGCAGCAGCAACAGUCACCACAGAGCAGCAGCAGCAGUAGUAGUCGAGACCUGACGCCCUACUCACAACAACAACAACAACAGCAACUAGGCAAGACACCAGUGAGAGACCUAGGGGGCGGGUCUGCUCCAGCCCUCAAGACGCAGCCCACAAGGGACCAACCUCAGGGUCGCGGGCGUGAGGGUCGGGCGGGGUCACGGGAGCGCCUGGUAGGGGCACCACUCAGCCUGGCCCAGAGAGACUACCCCCGCCAUGACUACUACCAACACAAGCCUCAAGAUUACCCCAGCAAACCCCAGGACUACCCUAGCAAGUUACAAGACUAUUCUAGCAAGACUCAGGACUACCCAACCAAACCGCAGGACUACCCGACCAAACCACAAGACUAUCCCAGCAAGAAUGGCGGCAACACCCCGGUGUACAAGGCUCAGAGCCGGGAGGUAGUGCCAGCUCAACGGCAACAGUCGCCUGGGGUGGCCCUCGGGAUGCUGGGGUCUUCUGGGGGAGGUGGCGGCCUCAGGGAGCGGGUGGCCUCCCCUCACAGGGUCACAUCCCCACCCGUCAAGCUUCAGGAAUCACAGCGGAUGGCUAGCCCACCUGUCAAGAUGUCCGACCCCCGCCCUCAGCACGACUAUGGCAAACCUGAUCUAACCAAGCUGGAAGGUUCCCCUGUGGGCGGUGUUGGCGCUCCCAGACUGAGUCCUGCGGGGGUGAGCAGCCAUUUCGUUCAACAGUAUCCAGAGCGAGACACACCCGCCGCCUCUCAGGGUACUACCAGUGGUACUAACGCCGUGUGGGAAGGUGGCUACCCGAUGACCCCCGAGAAGUACCCAGUCUCAGGUCCCCCAGCCUCUACCUACUCGCCUCUACCACUGACGGCAUUACACAUGCAGUCGUCGCCCUCCCACGGCCAGCGACUACCACAUGACCCCCCUGAGAAGGUUAUAGAUGCCCUUGAACAGAAAAAAGACAUCAGCUUCUCAUCUGGUAACAACAACAGUAGCAGCAGCCCGUGCACAGAUGACACCCUGGACGACAAAUACCGCGACUAUCCGGCCGAGAAGGACGAGGGUGACCCGGAGGUGUUGGUCGAUGGCUGUGACCUUAAGAAGCUAGCAGAGGUCACAAGUAAGAUGGCACUCACUGUUUUACCCGACGACGUCGACACUUACAAUGAAUUAAACAAGCACCACCUGAAUAGCCAUCUGAGUGCUCACCUGGGCCACCUGGGACGCCCUGCCGGCCAGCUGACCCCAGAGAGCACGGACUGUGGUUCCCUCAGUAAGAGUUCUUCAGAUGGUGACCACAUGAUGAACCGUAAACGACCGCCCACCAAACUUAAGUCAAAGAGACGUAAUAUUCUCUCCUUCCCUCACCAUCUGUCAGUAGACGAGCUGAGAGUCAUACAGCGACGGCAAGACUCCUAUGGCGGAGGCUCGUCAUCUGAUGAAAACAGGUCAUCUGGCCAUGCUUCCAUGUCAGAUGGUCACACCUCCUCCUCCCCUCCAAUCGACUCGCUUCCCCGGCAUGACCACCUGAGGUCCAACUUAAAGGUAGUGCCAGAGGAUGAGCGACUCUCUGCUGCCGUCACUUCAGUUGGUGCUGGGUACAAAGGUGCAGGUUCAGGCAGACGUGGCCAACAGUGGCCACGACACAGGGCAACACCCUCCAAGGAUGAUCUGUCCUUCACCCUUGAGAGUGCCAGUGGACUUGAAGACAUCAAACAAGCCAUUGAGCAGCUGACCAUGCGCUCCCAGGGAUCGAGAACCAGCUACUCGACCUCAACCUAUUCCUCCAUGUCUGGGUCUGAAGGAGAGCCAGUCCGGAGGUUGAUGCGACACUCGUCCUUAGAGACCAUCAAUACCAAUGUUACAGCUGCUGACGAGUUUGUCUGGGUCGACUCCCAUAACAGAUUGGUUGAACUGCAGCAGCUGCCCUGGAGUAACCAUGAUGUUCUGAGAGUAGUGCAACAGGGUCGUGUCAGAGAGCAGUUGGAUAGAGUAUCAAUGGAGGCUGUACCAAGACUCUCCUACCUGCUGCAGCGAGCACUGGUGAGAGUGGCUCGAGAGGCCCAGAGGCUCACCAGACCGCUGGCAAUGUGCAGUAAACAAGAAGUGUCUUCAGCCCUCAAGAUUGUUCUCUCCCCAGCACUGGCUGACUCUUGCAUAAAGGCUUGUCUGAGAGCGGCCGCAAUGUACACAGUGUGCGGGGACCAACUGCGACAAUCGAAGAGUGCUCGGGCCGGGCUCAACCUCUCAGUGGGUCGCUUCAUGAGGUGGAUGUGUGAUGUUCGGAUUGGCAAGUUCAUCCACGAGUACGCUGCAGUAUAUCUGACCGCAGGUAUGGAGAACCUAUUAGAAGAGAUGGUAUUACAGUGUCUCCCAGCAGAGGAAGACCACAUGCUUACUGCCAGUGUCCUUGAACUUGCUAUUGCCAACAACGGGGACCUGUGGGGCCUCUUACAGCCGUAUGCUCACCUCAAUGCUGGCAGAACUGCAACAGGAGCAUUGUGUCUGCCACGUUGGGCAAGUACAGGCAGUAUUGAGGCUACAUCCGUGAGCAACUCCUCUACGGGUGCCAGUAGAGGCAGUGGAGGCAGUUCUGGGUCUGGAGGGGCUACAGGAGGCACUGGAGUCUCUGCUACAGCAUCUGGAGGAAGUGAUGGAAUAGGAAGUGGAGGUUCAGGAAACAGUGGCAGUGGUCCCCAGUCCUCAAGGUGUUCAUCGAGUGUGACCCUCACCCCCGAGGAGCACUCCAGGAGCACCAAGACGUUGGAACAGUCACUGUUGACAACUUGUGUUGGCUCCUUGGCUGAACUGAGUGAGCUGUUGAGUCGGGUGGCCCCACACCACCACCGCGCAGCCAACAGCAACUCUCCCACACGUGCUCAGGUAACUUGGGGACCAUCUGCUCUACAUGCUCUCUUCUACUUCAUGAGAUGUAGUCAGUUAGAACACGCUGAACAUGCUUCAAGAGCACCAAUUCAAGAACUAGUGUAUGAGCGACCAUACAUUGUACUGCCACCUCUCCUGGAGUGGGUAAGAGUGGCCACUGCCCACACUGAGCACAGACACUCUACUGUUGUCGACAAGGACGAUGUGAUGCAAGCAGCCAGACUUCUGCUUCCUGGGGUGGAUUGUCCAGUGAGGAUGAUUGGGUACGAGGAACUAAUGUGUCCUCGGCGGCAACUUGAUGAAAUGGAGUGUGCAAAGAAAUUCAAGGUUGACCUCGCCUUCAAGAUGUUGUCGUGUGGCAGAACUGACUUAGUGCCUCAUGCUCUACAGCUGCUGCCAGCUACAAAAGUUAAUACCGUGAAUGAGUAUGGACUGACCCCACUGAUGUUGGCUUGUAUUCGUGGUGAUGAGCCCAUGGUGAACAUGUUGCUAGAUGCUGGUGCUGAUGUUGAUGCUGAAACACCUCCAACUGGUCCUGCUUACCUCAUGGCCAACCCAGAGACCCAACACUGGACGGCCUUAACUUAUGCUGCUAUACACGGUCAUAUCAAUAUUGCCAAAACUUUACUAGAGAAGAAUGGUAAUGUAGAAGGUGGAGCGAGACUUGCUGAGGAGAAGUGUACUGAGACGCCGCUCCAGGUUGCUGCUGCCGCUGGUCACUCAGACAUGAUGGCGCUCCUCUUGUCAUACGGCGCCAACCCCUACCUCUCAACACUUAUGAAGGACUCCCUCUGUUACUCCGGUGCUGCUCAACGUGGCUGUUAUGCUGCUAUUGCUGUUGCUGCAGCUCAUGGACAAAAGUCAAUCUUGCACAAGCUUUUGUCACAACCUCAGCAUGCAUCAGCUAGAGAAGUGUUGUCACUGGAGGAGAUUCUGGCAGAAGGUGCAAACGGCAACACUUGUGACCGAGAUCGACGACCCGGACGCCAGAUGUGUAUCAUAGACGACCCCGUAGGAAGGGGAAGUGUGGCUUCCUCUGACUCCUCUCAAGUGGUGAAGUUGACCAAGCAACAAAUUAAGACACUUCAGGAGGCAAUGUAUCACUCGGCUGAAUCAGGACAUCUUGAAAUGACUCUGGAUUUACGGAACUUGGGAGUUCCUUGGACUUUACACUGUUGGAUGCACACAUUGGCAACAGCACACGAACAUCGCCUGGAGUCCAUUAUUGACCAGUUGCUGCAAGAUUUCCUGCAGGUCUGGCCAGAUGAUUACUCUGCUCAGUUUGUGGAUGAAUGCUUGCCACUCCUCUUCACUAUCUUCAGAUACAGCAAGAAUGAGGGCACAUCUCUCCUACUGGCAGACAUAUUUUCAUCUUGCUACGGUAAAGAACCAAUUAAGGAGAUCCGUGACACCACAAUAUCAGGCGGAGCUCGGAUUGAUCCAAAGUUUGUCAACAAUCCAGAACUCUCUGAUGUCCAGUUUCGCGUUGAAGGUCGUGUGUUUUAUGCUCACAAGAUUAUUCUAGUAAAUGCCUCUUCAAGAUUCAAGCAAAUGUUGAGCUCAAAAUUCUGUGAAGGAAAUCCACCUAUUGUCCAGAUCCACGAUAUAAGAUACGACAUUUUUGAGCUGGUGAUGCAGAGUCUCUACAAGGGAGGAUGUGAGAAUCUUGAGGUAGAAGCUGGAGAUGUGCUGGAGUUAAUGGCAGCAGCUAAUUUCUUCCAGUUGGAUUCUCUCCUUCGUUACUGCGAGUCCCGUUGUUCAAAACUUGUCCACCUUGAUAAUGUCGUGUCUAUGUAUAUUCAUGCUAAGGUGUACAAUGCUGUACAACUGCUUGAGUACUGCCAAGGUUUCCUUCUACAAAACAUGGUUGCCCUCUUGACUUACGAUGACUCUGUUCGCCGCCUCAUUUUUGGCAAGAAAUUACACAACCAUGACGUGUUGGCAGGUCUGCUACUGACCCUACAAGCGCGCAUUAAGGCUCGCUCCUCCCCCCGUGCAGGAAAGAAGUGAAGUAAAAGAACACAAUAGUUGAUGACAAGUUCUCUAGUGACUAACAUUGUAAACUGAAUAAAAGAUGGUCAUAUUUUUCUACCAAUAAUUUAUAAUUGUCCAUCUAUAGGUGCAGUUGUACUGAAAGUAUCAAUGCUUGAUGUUUGAAAAACAUACGGCAAUUACUUGAUACUCAGCCAAUUACUGGUAUGUCAAAGUACAUACUGUCUACAUCUAAUUCAACCAAAUAUUACAUGAAUAUGAAAAAUUUCAUCUGUUUCAUGUAUUGAUGUAUUACUCAAGUUCUGCUGGCAAGUAAAUAGUUUGUAUGAAGGUACAGUAUUUCUGAUAGGGACGAGUAGAAAGUUCAGCCCCCUUUUUUUUCUUCUUUUUUUGCUGACCCGAAGAAAAUUCAUUCAAUAUUUUCUAUGGAGCAAAGUGAAGACAACAUUCUAUCUGAGGCCAGAUGUAAACUCAAACCAUAUCUGAAAUCAUGUGAAGACCCAUUCUCUUGUCAUAUCCAGCCAGUGAGACAGAAUAUUUGACAUGGCAGGUAGUUGAAAAGUUGGUUUGUUAUUGCUGUACAGUAUUGUCUUCAGUAAUUCAUUCCAAAUCUUAUACUGUAUUGUACUGGCCUCCUCUGCUGAAUGGACGUUUAAAGCACAGACUGUUCUUACAAUGACUUGGAGUAAGAUAUCAUCCACUUCAUUAAGGUUUAUUCAGCUCACUGUGUUGACCGGCUAUAAGAUUGGUCAACUCAACCACUGUACAUUAUAGGUUCAACUUUAUUUUAUAUUCUUCACAUUUAAAGGCUCUGUCUGCUGGCCAGAUUAAAGCUCUUUCUAGAUUCAUGUCUUUAUGUCAUUGCACAAUGUUUUCUUCCGUUGACUGUAAAAAUGAUUGUCGGAUAAAGAUUCUUCCAAAAUAAGGGUAAAGAUAUCACACUUUCUCCCCUUGUUUAGGUUUAGAUUGAGGCAAUAAUUAUUUUUCAUAGUUAUGCUCAUUUUAUAAACUCACUUCAUUUGUUACAUAAAAGCUCAUUUAUUAUCUACCACAAGCUGUUUGGAGAAGAACCCAGUCAGUCCUCAGUGGUUAAGUAUAAAUGCAGUCUUGUAUCUCACAGUGAUGAAGGAUAAUACUAAACUGGUCUAACAUAGGCUGGUCUUAACUUUGUCCCAGCAAACGUAACUACAGUGAUGUCUCUCAGAAGACAUAAUAUUACAAAACAUUAUGAAGUGUAGAACGUAAUAGAAAAAAGAUUGCAAAGAGACCUAACAUUUGAGUGACAUAUUUAUUAAUAAGACAAGUGCCAAUAAAAUGCUCAUGACUGCUGUGUCAACUGUUUAUGCCAACCAUGAAAAUAAACCAAUGUAGAACCUUUGUAUAUAAACAGUAGAUGUACAGUAUAGUUGGAAAUUCUUACAAAAACUGAAGCUCACUGCCUAGACAACUGAACCUUUAUGGACAUUGUGUAUUGAAAAUGGUUGAAGGUUAAAGUUGUAUAUAUACAGAACUGUACUGUAUAACUGAAGGUGAAACUACAAGAAUGCGAGUUAUAGUUCGACUGAAAAUUGAAGAAAAAAAAAAAAACGCGGCCAAAACU